ACUAGUGUCUGGAUAAAGAAAGACUAGGUCAGCCAUGUGGAUGCGUCUGUUGAACAGCUGAAGAGGAGGAGGAGGGGGUUCUACAGAAAGAGAGUGAGAUAGAGAGAGAGCGAACGUGCUGUGUGUGCAUAUGAAAGAAAGAGCGAGGAGAGAGCGAGGGAACGCGCGUGUGUGAAAAAGGAAGCGGAGUCUGUAAACGCCGAACUCACUGAUUUCCUACCCUCCACAAACUCUAGCUUUCGGAGUUAUCACACGGCGAAAAGAAGGAGGAGGAGGAGGGGGAACCGCGUCCGUUCAGAAGACGAGUCCCCGGGCGGUCCGAAUGCGAAUAAAUUAGUAAAGCGAGGUCGUCUUUUGUUGAGGCAUUUGCCCCGUUUCUCCUCUGUAUGGACAGCGGCUCUCUCUGGAUAAAGUGUCUGCGUGAUAGUGCUCAGCCUUCGGCUUCUUGGAUUUUGGCCCAGGCCGAGAAGUUCGGCAGGGUCAUUUUCAACGAACAGACGUGGAAUUGUGUUUGAAGUUGUUUGCAGCAGCCCGAUAGGAACUUAGAUCAUCAUACUGGCGGCUCUUCUGAAACACUGGGGUUGUUGGUGUGGCCAAAUUUUCCCUGGAUUUGAUUGGUAAAUUCAGAAGACUGAAGCCCAGGCUCACAGUCUACCUUUCACGGAGGCCCAGCCGUGAGAGGACAGAAGAAGGCACGUGGCGAAUCAUGACUGCCGACAAAGAGAAAGACAAGGAGAGGGAGCGCGACCGGGACCGGGACAGAGAUCGCGAAAAGCGGGACAAAACACGCGAAAGCGAGAGCUCGCGGCCGCGGCGCAGUUGCACGCUGGAGGGCGGAGCUAAGAACUAUGCAGAGAGCGAACACAGUGAGGACGACGACAAUGAGACGCCCGGGGCCGCCACCGCCGAGGAGGCCACCAAAAAGAGCAAGAAAAAGCUUCCCAAGAAAAAGUCGCGCUAUGAGCGAACGGAAAACGGCGAGAUCACUUCCUUCAUUACGGAGGACGAUAUUGUUUACAGACCUGGCGAUUGUGUGUACAUAGAGAGCCGACGGCCGAACACGCCCUACUUCAUCUGUAGCAUUCAGGACUUCAAGCUGAGUAAACGGGACCAUCUGUUAAUGAAUGUGAAAUGGUACUACCGUCAGUCUGAGGUACCUGACUCCGUCUACCAGCACCUGGUGCAGGACCGCAACAAUGAAAACGACUCGGGUCGCGAGCUGGUUAUUACUGAUCCAGUGGUUAAGAGCAGAGAGCUCUUCAUCUCAGACUAUGUGGACACCUAUCAUGCUGCUGCCCUCAGGGGGAAAUGUAACAUUUCACACUUUUCUGACAUAUUUGCUGCCAGGGAGUUCAAAGCACGAAUCGACUCUUUCUUCUACAUCUUAGGAUAUAACCCAGAAACCAGGCGAUUAAACAGUACACAAGGGGAGAUUCGAGUCGGUCCCAGUCACCAGGCCAAGCUGCCAGAGCUCCAGCCCUUUCCCUCUCCUGGAGGUCAGACCGUGACAGAGAAUGAGGAGCUGGUCUGGAUGCCGGGGGUCAACGACUGUGACCUGCUCAUGUACCUGCGGGCAGCCAGGAGCAUGGCAGCGUUUGCAGGGAUGUGUGAUGGGGGGUCAACAGAGGACGGCUGCCUCGCCGCCUCACGAGACGACACUACACUUAACGCAUUAAACACUCUUCAUGAGAGCAGCUAUGAUGCCGGCAAAGCCCUGCAGCGGCUGGUGAAGAAACCAGUACCCAAGCUGAUUGAGAAGUGCUGGUCAGAGGAUGAAGUGAAACGGUUUAUAAAGGGUCUAAGGCAGUACGGGAAAAACUUUUUUCGGAUUCGGAAAGAAUUGCUCCCUAACAAGGAGACGGGGGAGCUGAUCACCUUUUACUAUUAUUGGAAGAAAACCCCAGAGGCUGCUAGUUGCAGAGCCCACCGCAGGCACCGCAGACAACCCGUCUUCCGCCGGAUCAAGACCCGCACUGCCUCCACUCCCGUCAACACUCCCUCCCGCCCGCCUUCCAGCGAGUUCUUGGACUUGAGUUCAGCCAGCGAAGAUGACUUUGACAGUGAAGACAGCGAGCAGGAACUGAAGGGCUACGCCUGCCGUCACUGUUUCACUACCACCUCCAAGGACUGGCACCACGGGGGUCGCGAGAACAUCCUGCUGUGCACCGACUGCCGGAUCCAUUUUAAGAAAUACGGCGAACUACCCCCUAUUGAGAAGCCUGUAGACCCGCCGCCGUUUAUGUUCAAACCUGUCAAAGAGGAAGACGAUGGACUCAGUGGGAAGCAUAGCAUGAGGACUCGACGGAAUCGCGGCUCGAUGUCAACGCUACGAAGUGGCCGCAAGAAGCAAACCGCCAGCCCAGAUGGCAGAGCCUCACCGACCAAUGAGGAUCUGCGGUCCAGCGGGCGAACCUCACCAAGUGCGGCAAGCACCUCCAGCACUGACAGCAAGACUGAUUCAAUGAAGAAACCCAGCAAGAAGACAAAGGAAGAGGCGCCAUCGCCUAUGAAGAGUGCCAAACGUCAGAGAGAGAAAGGAGCCUCGGAUACAGAGGAGUCCGAGAGGGCAAGCGCUAAGAAGUCUAAAACACAGGAACGGCCGGACUCGCCCUCGGAGUGCGAGGGAGAGGGCGAGGGUGAAAGCUCGGACGGUCGCAGCGUAAAUGACGAGGGCAGCAGCGAUCCCAAGGACAUUGACCAGGACAACCGCAGCUCCUCUCCCAGCAUCCCCAGCCCGCGUGAUAACGAGAGCGACUCCGACUCCUCGGCGCAGCAGCAGAUCCUCCAAGGCCAGCACCCUCCGGUCAUCCAGUGCCAGACAGGGGCUUUACCCCCGGCUCCUCCUUCUGCAGCCGCAGCCUCCGCACCACCCGCCUCAGUUGCUCCUUCCCUGUCCUCUCAGCCGUCCCCAUCUAUUCCCCCUACCUCCAUGCCUCCUCAGCAGAUACCUCCACCAGGUCCGCUGUCUCUCAUCCAGUCGGGAGCCCCGAGGCUGCCCUCACCUCAUUCCCCACUGCAGGGCUUGCCUCAACCGCCUCCACCCCCUCAAACCGGCCCUCAGUCCUUGCAGCCUCCACUACACGGUCCCAUGCCGCCCAUGGGCCACCCUCUGCAGGCAGGGCCAUCACAUAUGCCUCACCCUCACACUUUACCCUCUCAAUCCUUCCCAAUGGGUCAGUCUCAGGUCCCCCCUUCUGCUCUUUCGGGUCAGGCCCAAGCCGCCUCCCUCUCUCAACAACAGCGACCUCAUACCCCUCCAUCCCAGUCACAGUCCUCCUCACAGAGCAGCAGCCAGCCUCCGAGAGAGCAGCCUCUCCCGCCCGCACCAUUGCCUAUGCCCCAUAUCAAACCUCCUCCAACCACCCCCAUCCCACAAAUGCCAAACCCUCAAUCACACAAGCAUCCCAGCCACCCGCCAUUCCCGCAGAUGCCUUCCAACUUGCCCCCUCCGCCCGCUUUGAAGCCCCUCAGCUCUCUAUCCACGCAUCACCCUCCCUCCGCCCAUCCGCCGCCCCUUCAGCUCAUGUCUCAAAACCAGCAGCUCCAGCCUCCACCAGUGCAACCUCCAGUCCUCACCCAGUCCCAAACCCUUCCGGCAACAGGAAGUCAAGCACCCCCGCCGGCUCCUCCGCUCCCUUCCUCUUCCUCCGCCUCGCACUCGGCACCUUCUCAGCCCCCCUUCCCUCCUCAUUCCUUCAUGCCAGGCAGCUCACCCGUUCUGUCACCCUCCAGCGUUCCCUCCUCUGUGGCGAGCUCAAUGGCUACGCUGCAGCAGCCACCCUCCUCUAUAUCCAUGCCCCUGCCUGCAUCAGUCAGCACGCCCUGCCCGGGACCCUCCACUGUGCCACCUGUACAAAUUAAAGAAGAGCCUCUGGAUGAGGCGGAGGAGCCGGAGAGUCCUCCACCACCACAGAGGAGCCCUUCACCUCCACCCACCAUCGUCAACACUCCCAGUCACGCCAGCCAGUCAGCACGGUUCUACAAGCAUCUGGACAGAGGUUACAACACAUGUGCCAGAACAGACUUUUACUUCACACCACUGGCCUCAUCAAAACUGGCAAAGAAGCGAGAGGAGGCUCUGGAGAAAGCCAAGAGGGAAGCGGAGCAGAAAGCACGAGAAGAAAAAGAAAAGGAGAGGGAACGAGAAAAAGAAAGAGAGCGGGAACGGGAGAGAGAGAAGGAGGCUGAGAGAGCUGCUAAAGCUUCCAGCUCUUCUCAUGAGGGUCGCAUGGGUGAACCCCAGAUGGCGGGAUCGGCUCAUAUGCGGACAUCUUUUGAUCCCCCACCCACCACCAUCGCCACUGUGCCCCCUUACAUCGGCCCCGACACGCCCGCCCUGCGCACGCUCAGCGAAUACGCACGUCCCCACGUCAUGUCCCCCACCAACCGCAACCAUCCCUUCUUUGUCUCGCUUAACCCCACAGACCCUCUCCUUGCUUACCACAUGCCCGGCCUGUACAACGCAGACCCCAGCAUGCGUGAGCGCGAGCUGCGGGAGCGAGAGAUACGGGAAAGGGAGAUCCGCGAGAGGGAGUUGAGAAUGGAGAGGAUGAAGCCGGGUUUCGAGGUCAAACCUCCAGAAUUGGACAGCCUACAUCCUUCCGCCAACCCCAUGGAGCACUUUGCCCGACACGGGCCCAUUGGUCUCCCGCCCAUGGCUGGCCCUCAUCCAUUCGCCUCCUUCCACCCGGGCCUGAAUCCACUGGAGCGGGAACGGCUGGCACUGGCUGGGCCGCAGCUACGGCCUGAGAUGACUUACCCCGAACGCUUGGCCGAGAGGCUACAUGUCGAGAGGAUGGCCUCUGUGGCUAACGACCCCAUCGCACGGCUCCAGAUGUUCAACGUGACGCCACAUCACCAUCAGCACUCGCACAUCCAUUCACACCUACACCUGCAUCAACAAGAUCCGCUGCACCAAGGUGGUGGUGAAUGUCUUGUGUGUCCCCCAGGUUCUGGGGCACAUCCGCUCGUAGACCCGCUGGCCGGUGGACCGCACCUCGCCCGCUUCCCCUACCCGCCCGGAGCCAUCCCCAACCCCCUGCUCGGACAGCCCCCGCACGAACACGAGAUGCUACGGCACCCUGUGUUCGGUAAGACACGCGCUCCAUAUCCCAGAGAUCUCCCAGGCGGGCUCCCACCACCCAUGUCGGCGGCACACCAGCUGCAGGCCAUGCAUGCACAGUCUGCAGAACUACAGAGACUGGCCAUGGAGCAGCAGUGGCUACACGGUCAUCACCACAUGCACGGAGGCCCUCUACCAGGACAGGAGGAUUAUUACAGCCGGUUGAAGAAGGAAAGCGACAAGCAGCUGUGAUCAACGGCGGACUCCCAGAGGAUCGGCAGGACACAGGAGGUCUCGGCAGAACAGUCAAGGAUCGUCUGAGGAACCUUCUUUCUGUUGUCAGCUUUCUUCACUAUUCCGGACUUUUUUUUUAAGACAUUGACUUUUUCGGGGGGUUAUAUAUCGUUCAAGUAGUGACAGCGUCCUCAAGACUGAUUGUGACUUUCCUGCAUGAACAUACUCUGAGAAGCUUCCCUGACGUCUUUUGUAGGUGCUAGAAAACCAGAUACUUUGUCACUGUGCUAAUUGGGGGAAAAAAAACAGAGGAACAGAACAGUCGGGCCAUUAUAUCUGAAAAAGUGCUAUCUUAAAUUCAAUGUUUAUUUUAAUACAUUGUAGGAGGUUUUCAUAAUGUUAAGAAAAGCUGCAGCAUGGCGUUUUUUUGAGUCUGUAAAUAGUAUAUAAAUAUAUAUAUAUACAUAUAUAAUUAUUACUAUUAUUAUUAUUAUAAUUAUUAUUAGGUGUGGAUUCCUAACAGAGUCGUUAGACCUCCGAUAUAAUAAUUUUCUCAAGUGUCAUCCCUUGUUUCAGAGGGGAAGGAGAUGGCACCGUUAGAGCAGGUAACCACGUCCAACGCUGGGUGGAACGGUACCGGAUUUUAAUCCAAACACCUCUAGAGGUCAAAGCUCAGAUGACGCUUUUUUUUUUUUUUUUUUGUAAUGUUUUGGUUUUGUUUCAUAUAUAUCGACAGUCUGCGACAAACACUCAUGACAUCGUGACCAUAUUUUCAAACAGAGUUAGACGUUCGAAACACUUGAAGGAGGAGGACGCGCGGUGCCUCAUGAGUAUUGGGGCAAGUAGCCCGUUCGGAAAGAAGAAAUAUUGCACUGAUUAACCUCAGUUUGUGUUACUAAAGCAAAAUUGGCUUUCUCAUGGCUUUUUAAGUGCAUUUCGAAAGCCGUUCACUCUGUCUUCUGUGUACCAAAGUUGAACGGCGUUCAGUUUUGCAACUGGGUUCAUAUCUCGGCAAGAUCCUCUGUGCUUAGAGAUUGCGAAACCGACCGGACUGCUUUUUUUUUUUUUAAUAACUUUUACACAUGGUCAAAGGGUGCUGGAAAAGAUAGCAACGCCCCCCCCCCACCUCAACCCCGGUUUGUCUGUCCUCGCGCAGUCAGUUUCCCGACCUACUGUACAGAUUCGUAGAACCAUUCUCACUGUGAAGCCUAAGGGAAGAUGGUGGCUUGGAUUGGAGUCUGUGUACCCGUGUGUGCAUUUGUUCACAGUAGUGGAGAUGACGACCGUGUUUGAGCUUCUCUGCAUUCCUGACACUGCAUUACCUGUGAUGCAUGAUGCCUCUUUAGUUGCUCUCCAUCACGUCGAGGCUGUUCGAUAGCAAUCGUCGACUGUUACAUGCAGUGUUUUCGUUCGUUUGGUUUGUUUCGUUACUUGAAACGACACAUGCUAAACGUUGGUUUUUACCUCCGGUGGGCCUUUUUCGAGCUUACGGUUCAAAGUACAGUUUUUAAUUCUCCCCGUUUGGUUUUAAAAAGCCAUGGUGCAUCCUUCGAAGAGUAUGCAUAGAAGCCUGUUUUUUAGCAGUAUGCGCCCAAAGCCGAUCAUUUUGUGUAAUUGGACUGUCAUGUAUCUUUUAUUCUGUCUCGGAUGUAUACAGCAUUUUAUUUUCGUUUGACGCAUUUUCUCCUUUUGUCCCUCUUUUGUGUCUUAAACCUUUGAUGUUGAGUGUUGUCAAUGGUUUAGCUUCUUGUUUCAAAGCGGCAAUAGCAGAAUGUACAUUCUGACUGCUAAGAUUUAUAUAUACUGGUAUCUUGAAGCUUAUUGUAUAUAUUAGUAGUCGCCAUGGGAUGACACAGUGUAAACAAAAAGUAGAGAUAAUUAAGGCAGAUUGUGAGUCCUGUGUUCUCCCCAUUUGAGUAUUUUGUAAUUUUUUUGACAAAUUUGUGGAAUUAAAAUAAAACUAAGUUACACCACAUGGAAACCUGAUUUCUAGUUAAUAUCACUUUUUGUUAUAUGACAUGGCAAAAGUAAAUGUUCAUGCUGACGAAAAAUGUACUGGGUUGAAGUGUUUUCUGUCUUCUCCGAGCUAAUUCUGGUUUAUGUGAGCGAGUAUAAAGAUUAUUGCUCGUAAGCGUGUUGCGUUGAGCACAUCACGCAUAUUGUGCUGCUCUAAAAUAAUGCCGUUGUCCAUCAUUUUACAAGCUCAAUCAUUCUGGGAAAUGAGCUCAUAAAGUGAAUUCUGAGAAUGGCUCCCUGAGUACCAAUAAAUGGCAGACCAAAAAUGGUUUCUAAUCCACAAGAAUUCUCCCUUUCAGUUAGCAAACAUUAAAAAACAACUUAACAUUGUACAGUAUGAGCUCAACAUGAUUCUCUGUGGUGAUUCUUAUCUUAUCUUGUCUUUUUCUUCUCAACUCAUAAACAGCUUAUUAUACACAAGAUUUUAACGUUCACCAACUCGGAGAUGUAGUAAAAUCCUUAUUUUGCAAACACAGGUACAUAAUGAACUUUCUCAUGCUGAUUUAAAAAAUGAAUAUUGUAAAUACAAUUAGGGUUGAGUGGAUAUGUGCACGUUGCAGUGUUCGUAAUUCUUUAUGAACCUACCUCACGGCUAAUAGAGAGUUAUUUAGCCAGUCACUUGCAUUUUUCAUAAACUAAGCAUUGUAAAUAUUUAAUGAACAAUUAUAAUGUUUGAUUAUA